AUGGAAGCAAGUUUGCUGUACUCAUCCCUCACUAUUGUCUUUCUCGUCAUUGCUUUUACCUUCUUCUCCAGCAAAAAAUCUCAUCGCUCACGAAACCUGCCUCCGAGCCCUCCGGGUCUUCCAGUCAUCGGUCACCUCCACCUCGUGAAGAAGCCCUUGCAUCGAUUCCUCCAGGAGCUCGCCCAAAAACUCGGACCUGUCUUCUCCCUCCGGUUCGGCUCCCACCUAGUAGUUGUUGUGUCCACGUCGACAGCCGUGGAGGAAUGUUUUCACUAA